UAGGAUCUUGGAUGAUAUCCGAUUGAUUGGAAUGCCGGAAUGGACGAGAAAUAUGCACAAAAUAAGGGUGGAGGGCAAGUCCGUAAAUCCACUUUGCAAUGCAUCAGCCGAAUGGAAUUGACACGUAACAAUACUUGAUUAUUAAGCCUAUCGGGCUUUGAAAUUUCUUUUGAGAAAUACACUAUGCCCUAACGUUUCCACCUCAUACACACCUCUCUCUUCCUCUACAGCAAUGUCUUACUGGGGUAUUGAAGUUUUUAAUGAUACACCACUUGAUUAUAAGGUUCGUACAGGCCGUGGUUUGCGUAUUUCAAAGGCUGCUCUUGUAGAAAAAAACAAGGGAACAGAGGAAUAUUUUUCUGUGUUUAUAACUUUUAAUGGGCGAAAGGUUGUUGUUGGCAAUCUACAUCCUCAACUGAUGCCAAUACAAGAAAUGAACUUGCUAUUUGAUUGCGACAUACAACUCUCACACAACUGGGAGAACGGCACUGUUCAUUUUUCAGGAUGUGAAGAGUUUAUUGAUGAUUAUACAUAUUUCAAUGUCGAUGAUGAAGAAAAGGAACCAAAGAGUAAAGUAAGAGAGGAUGAAGGCCCAAGUAGUGUUUCUGAAUGUCCAACACAUAGUUGCUCGUUUUGCAAAAAGAGCUUUAAGGAAAAGGACAGUCGGGCCAGAAAGUAAAUGAUGUUUGCAGGAGUUUUAUUGCUUCAAGAUUGAGGAUGGAUGACAAUUAUCGCUUUAGUGUUUUAUUUAUCGUUUUAAUUGGCAUGAUUGAUUUAACUAAUUGGACAAAAUGUCACGCUUGAGUUGUAUUUUGUAGUUGUUUGAAUUAUGUUCUG